AAUUCCAGACCCUUUUUUUAAUGCUUGCACAGCACAGAUGAUGAGAUGAAGGAAGCUCCGGGCCAAAGCAAAAUGCAAUGCAUCAUCAUCAUCCCCUUUGGUUCUUCGCUCCACACUCUCUGUUUCCUUCCUUCCUUUCCCCCACCUCUGCUCCCCCAGUAGAGAUGAGAUGAGCUCUGCAUCUCCCCAGCGCUUUUCUCUCCAGCUUCCUUCCUUGUUUCAUGGCAGGAAAGGCUGAGCUGAAUGAUGCACGUAGCCCCAUCCAAGUUUGACCCAUGCCAUCCUGGACCUAUAUACAUACCGCCCCUCUUGCAUCCUCUACUUCGGAAUUCCCUCUACUUCUACUGCUACCAGUAGUAGUACCAGCCCCGCUUGCUUGUUGUUGAGUCGAGCUGAGAGGCUGAGGCUCCUCUCUCUCUCUCUCUCUCUCUCUCUCUCUCUCUCUGCUUUUGCCUGCGCAAGCUUUUGCUUUGUUUUAGGUGCUUCUUUCCCACUCCUUUACUGUUCGCCGUCCCACUUUCCCCCCCCCCCCCUCCUGCGUUGUCACGCACACGAAAAGCUCCUGCCUUUACCUUCCCGGACGGACCUUAUCUCCGGCCCCGUAGUGGGAUUUGGUGGCAGCUGCGCUACUUGCCUCCCGCGUUUCUUUGCUUGAUUGGGGGCUGUCUCGCGUCUCGCCUCGUCGUCAGCGCCAGGAGGGUUCUUCUUCUCCAGUGUGCUCGGGAUUCAUCUGGGCAAUUGCGGGGCUUGCUGCACAGAUCUUGGCGCGAUUCCGGCCGGCGACGGGAUGAACUGCGGGCCGCCGGACCAGCUGCCGCCGCCGCAAGCGACGGCGCCGUCGUGCUUCCUGAACCUCAACUGGGACCAGUCCAUGGACGCGCCCGCGCAUCGUGGCGCCGGGGCGCACCUCGACCCGGCGCUCGGCUCGAUGGUCUCCUCCCCGGCGGCGUCCAACUCGACGGCGACCGAGGGCCUCGCUCUCCACGGGAUCUCGCCGCACUACGGUGGCACGCCGCCGCCCAAGCUCGACCUCUCCAUGAUGGGGCAGUUCCACCACCACUACCCGCCGCCGCAGGCCGGUGGUGGCUCCGGCGGUGGCUUGCCGACCCUGGAGAACCUGAUGCCCAUGGGCUCCCUGGACCAGUUCCUCGCCGACCCAGGCUUCGCCGAGCGGGCCGCCAGGCUCUCCGGCUUCGGUGGCCCAGGCCCGGGGCAAUUCGGCCUCCCGGACGACGGCCCGAUCGGCGCAUUGAAGGAGCUGGAGCUCGGGAACGCCCGGGACGAGUCUUCGGUGUCCGAUCCGGCGUCCGAGAUGGCGCUCAAGGGCGCUCCCGACGGCAAUGCGAGGAAGCGGAAGGCCGGCAGCAAGGGGAAAGGCAAGGACAGCUCCAUGUCCACCUCCGCCAAGGAUCUCCUCGCCAAGGUACGCCGUACGCGCAGAAUUCCGCUCAGCUACGUCUGUAGCAGCAUGAUGUACCCCGACGGGAGCGAAAGAUUUUACUGUACGGUGCUUAAUUUGCAGGAGGACUCGGCCGCGAAGCGUUGCAAAUCCAUGGAGGAGAGCAAUGGCGCGGAGGAGAAUUGCGCCAAGGGGAAGGCCGCGCAGAGCAGCAGCGAGAACGGCGGCGGCAAGAAGCAGGGGAAGGACGCUGGCGCUUCGAAGCUCCCGGAGCCGCCCAAGGACUACAUCCAUGUCCGGGCGCGGCGCGGAGAGGCCACGGACAGCCACAGCCUCGCCGAGAGGGUCAGAAGAGAGAAGAUCAGCCAAAGGAUGAAGCUGCUGCAGGAUCUCGUGCCUGGCUGCAACAAGGUAGUUGGCAAGGCUGUCAUGCUCGAUGAGAUCAUAAACUAUGUGCAAUCGCUGCAACGGCAAGUCGAGUUUCUGUCCAUGAAGCUGGCCACGGUGAACCCCCAGCUGGACUUCAACAAUUUGCCCAACCUCCUCGCUAAAGAUAUGCAGCAGUCAUGUGGCCAGUUGCAGAGCUCGCAUUUCCCGCUGGAGGCAUCAGGUGCGCCGCUCCCUUACAUGAGCCAGCCUCACCAGGGGAGUAACCCUCUCGACUGCGGCAUGACCGACGGCAUGGACGAUCAGGGCUCCAUGCACCACCAGCUAGACCCGGCGUUCUGCAGGCCGAUGGGCUCACACCACCAUUUCCUCAACGGAGUCAGCGACGCCGCCUCUCAGGUUGGAGCUUUCUGGCAAGAUCUGCAAAGCGUUGUUCAAAUGGACAUGGGGCAGAGUCAGGAGAUCGCCACUUCUUCCAACAGCUACGACGGUUCAUUGCAAACAGUCCACAUGAAAAUGGAGCUUUGACAUCGUUGGGGGGAAAGCUCGAAAAGCCGCCCGCUGUACAUAAGAGAGAAGCCAGCCAGCCAGCCAGUCAGCUUGCCAUCAUCCAUGGAAGCACUCUCGACGAGUCUGCUGAAAUUCAACCUAACAAUGUUGGGCCCCUAGCUAGUAGUGUCUUAGCUUCUAAUUCCCAAUGAUCCCGGUGUAAUGAUUCUUUUGAACAAACAGACACGGAACUCGCCGCCGCCUACGGUAGCUUAGCUAGCUCGAUCGGCCACAUAAUAGUCUGUCUCCUCCUUCCAUGUUUUAGCUAAGCUGCAAAACAAUUAAGUUCCGGUACAUAGUUCCCCCCGCGGUACAUUAUGCACGCUCAUUUCAAUCGUCAGUCAGAACCUUUGAUUAUAUGUCCUCCCUCCAAGCGAAGGGGGGAAUAUUGAAGAUGUGUAAUAUGGCACUACAUAAUUUUUAGCCGAUAAAUACCAUUAAGAUCCUUCAGACAU